CCAGGCAACGAGCCAGAGGCAGCCUGUGAUAGGUUGAGGGACAGUGUGACGUGUCAGUGAGACGCUAUAGAAGCACCGAGCUGGCGGGAGCAAGCUGCCUCUUCUGCCUGGAGAGAAGGAGUGGAAAAGAAAGAGCGAGGGAGUGCGAGAGCGAAAUAUAGGACCAACUCCUUGUGACGUUCUACAACUCUCUGAGGAACAGCACCAGUCCUCUCCUCUGAGAAUAUCCACUUCCCUCCCACACACUCUCUAUCUGCUUCCCUCCAACUAGGUGGAGGGAGACAGAAACCAAGAAAGAAAAAAAGAGAGACUGAGAGAGGGAGGUUGAGGGUAGUAAGUGUUCCAUCACAUGGCUAGAAUCUAGAGGGCCAGUAGGGAGCGUUUCCAGGGCAGGAGAGCAGUGUGGUAGCCCGUGAAGGACAGAACAGCAUGGCCCUGUUCAGCACUGGCCCUCAGAGCCUGGGCUCCUACUACUGCCUCAUCCGCAGGAGGUUCAAGAGGAGGCGCAAGAAACGCAGCGAGCGCCAAGGUGGAGCCGGAGCUCGGCAGCCCCGGGCCCAGCAGAAGCUCUUCAUCAUGGACGUGGAUGAAGAGGAGAACAUGAGUUCGAGCAGCACCGACGUUAAGGAAAACCGUAACCUGGACAACGUCUCCUCCAAAGAGGGGGCAGCUGUAGGCGAGCAGCUCCCCAAUGGCAGUGGCGGGGGCAGCAGGAAGCGCCCCCUAGAGGAGGGCAACAAUGGCCACACGCUGUCCAAGUUCCGGGCCAAGAAGCGUAAGAAAACACCGGGCCCGGUUCUACCAAAGAAUGCCCUUAUGCAGCUGAAUGAAAUCAAGCCGGGGCUACAGUAUAAGCUGCUGUCUCAAACAGGUCCGGUCCAUGCUCCCGUGUUUGUCAUGACCGUUGAGGUCAACGGACAACUGUUCGAGGGCUCAGGUCCGACUAAGAAGAAGGCCAAGCUGAAUGCGGCAGAGAAGGCCCUGCGCUCGUUUGUCCAGUUCCCCAACGCCUCCGAGGCGCACCUGGCUAUGGGCCGGACACUGACAGUCAACACGGACUUCACAUCCGAUCAGGCCGACUUCCCAGACAUGCUCUUCAAUGGGUUUGAGACGCCCGUACCACCCGAGGACUCCUUUUACCUGGGAUCCAAUGGCAGCGGCUCCUUAAACUCGCUGGGAGAGUAUGCCCUGCCCUCCACGCCAGGUGCUAACCUUGCCCAGGCGCCGUUGCCCCCUCCCUCCUCCUUCACCUCAAACUCGAGCGGCAAGAAUCCCGUCAUGAUCCUCAACGAGCUGAGGCCGGGCCUCAAGUACGACUUUGUGUCGGAGAGCGGUGAGAGCCACGCCAAGAACUUUGUCAUGCAGGUGUCGGUGGACUCGCAGCAGUUUGAGGGCUCUGGACGAAACAAGAAGCUGGCCAAGGCCCGGGCCGCCCAGGCAGCCCUCUCAGCCCUCUUCAACAUGCAGCUGGACCAGACACCCUCCCGACAGCCCAUCCCCAGAGAGGGACUGCAGCUCCACCUACCCCAGGUUCUCGCUGACGCCGUCUCUCGCCUGGUGGUGGACAAGUUCAGCGAGCUGACGGACAACUUCACCUCGCCCCACGCGCGACGGAAAGUCCUGGCGGGAGUCGUCAUGACAACAGGCACAGACGUGAAAGAGGCCCAAGUGAUCUGCGUCUCCACGGGCACCAAGUGCAUCAACGGCGAGUACAUGAGCGACCGCGGCCUGGCACUCAACGACUGCCACGCAGAGAUUAUCGCCCGCCGCUCCCUCAUCCGGUACCUCUACGCCCAGCUGGAGCACUUCCUAAGCAACAACAAAGAGGAGCAGCAGAAGUCCAUAUUCAUGCGCUGUGACAAGCGUGGCUACCGGCUAAAGGACAACGUGCAGUUCCACCUCUACAUCAGCACCUCGCCCUGCGGCGACGCACGCAUCUUCUCGCCGCAUGAGGCCGGCAUGGAAGACCAAGGAGACCGCCACCCCAACCGGAAGGCACGGGGCCAGCUGAGGACCAAGAUAGAGUCUGGGGAGGGGACCAUCCCUGUGAGGACCAGCAACACCAUCCAGACAUGGGAUGGGGUGCUGCAGGGAGAGAGGCUGCUCACCAUGUCCUGCAGUGACAAGAUCGCAAGAUGGAACGUGCUGGGCAUCCAGGGCUCUCUGAUGAGCUACUUCACGGAGCCCAUCUACUUCUCCAGCAUCAUCCUGGGCAGCCUGUACCACGCCGACCACCUCUCCCGGGCUAUGUACCAGCGCAUUGCCGACAUCGAGGACCUGCCCCAACAGUUCAGCCUCAACAGGCCUCUACUGAGCGGCAUCAGCAACGCAGAGGCGAGGCAGCCGGGCAAGGCGCCCAACUUCAGCGUGAACUGGGCGGUGGGCGACCAGGCGCUGGAGGUCAUCAACGCCACCACGGGCAAAGACGACAUGGGGCGCGCCUCGCGCCUCUGCAAGCACGCCCUCUACAGCCGCUUUAUUCGCCUGCACUCCAAGUUGUCAUCCACACUGAGGAUCAAGGUGUCCAAGCCCAGCUCGUACCACGACGCCAAGGAGGCGGCGGUAGAGUACCACAACGCCAAGCAGACGCUGAUCAAGGUCUUCCACAAGUCGGGCCUGGGGGCCUGGGUGAAGAAGCCCAUCGAGCAGGACCAGUUCUCCCUCAACUCCUGAUCGGGCGAUUAGGGGGGAACCUCUUCACUCAACCCACCGCACCCCAACCCCCCCUCUCUAGACCUGAGAGAGGCUCUUCGAAACUACCAGCCACUGAGACUUCAAGUGUGUGUGUGUGUGUGUGCGUACAUGCGUGUGUGUGAGAAAUAAUGCACGUGGUUCUGGCCACCUCCCUCCGCUCUCAUUCCUCAUCGCUGUGACGUCAUCACUUGCUGUGUCUGUUUGUUUUAAACCAACUAAAAUUCAAAUACCUUUUUAUGUCCUUAUGGAAAUAAAAAUGUAUCGUAUUUUAAACUGGAAUCCUUUUUAGUCGUUUUUUGUUGUUGUUGUUGUAAGACUUUACAUGAGGUUGUCCAUAUACCAUGUAGUUACUAUGUAAGUACUUCUGUAACUAGAAUGUACAAUGAUUGGCCGGAUUCCAUUUCAGUUAAAUGUAAUUACACUAGGAAGCCCAAAUGCCGUAUGACUUCAUGGUGUAUUUUUUUACGUAUUGUGAGAUUUGACCUUUUCCUUUCCAAUUUUAUUACAUUCUUGCCCCUGUAUUAAAUGCACAUAGGACAUGAUGCUAAAUACUCAUCCAAAAUGGUGGUUACAGUCAUUGAAUCAUCACUCAUUUGAAAUAUUCUCUUGUGAACAUUUUACGCUUAUUUAUUUGAUGACGUUGUUGGUCAUUGAAACCAUUCCCAUUCCUAUUCCAUACUUGAACAGGGGCCCUGGUGAAGGCUGUCGAUGAUUCCCCUCGAGUCCUUUGGCCUAGGGAGUUUAGGGGAUUGCACGUUUUUUUCUUAUUGACUUAAGCCAUGGCUUUGCAUGGGAACUGUCUCCGAGGUCUGCAGAGCUGAUUUGGUAGGGAACCACCAGGAUCUCCUCGAGUGAAUUUUGAAUGCCAGCAUCUUAUUUCUGCACAGGCAGCUUCAAAUCAUUUUUCUCUCUUUGUAUGUGUUUGUUUUUGGGGAGGGAGGGGCUUUGUUUUUAGAAUUGCAACUUUUUGUUUUUGAGGAUUGAAGGAUUACACUGCAACUGAUAAUGACAGGAAUGAAGUCUUUCCAUCAAUGACACUGCAUAGGAGCUACAUUACACCUUCAUAAGCAUGAGCCUCAUGGACAUUAUGCAUCCAUGCCCUGGGCAUUUAUAAAUGCUUAUGUUAACAACCUCAGUUUGAUAUGUCAUGGUCAUGCUACACAACAUAACAUGACAUAACACAUCUUGUGUCAAUCUGGGGUUGUUAUGAAGGUGUAAAGUAGUCCAUAUGUCAUUCAUAGAGAGCUGGGAAGAGCGUAUGUCAUCAUUUAAAUACCUUUUAAAGGCCCAAUGCAGCCGUUUUUAUAUCAAUAUCAAAUCAUUUCUGGGUAACAAUUAAGUACCUUACUGUAAAGAUUUCCAUCAAAAUGGGCAAAAAUGUAUUUUUAACAAAAAGCAAGAAUUUUGUUGGACUGUCUGGAGUAAACUAGUUGUUAUUGGCAGAGAGGUUUGGAACUUUCUUUGUUAUUGGUCUAUUAACCAAUUUACAGCAUGGUGAUGUCACCAUGGAAAGCCGAAACUCCCGCCCAUGCAAACCUGCUGAUUAAAAAGUACUGUGUAGAUUGUAUUUUCAACCAGCAACUAUCAGGAAAUAACACUGAUCAACAUUUUUUCACACUUUUCUAGUGUUAGUUUAAUCAGUUGUUGUACAAAAUGAUAUAAAACACAGGAAAAACUGCACUGGGCCUUUAAAGGCAACACGAAUGCUGAUUGCUCAUUGUGUGAGUAAACUUCCAAGGGAACACAAAGAAACGCAUGAGAGUUUUUACAAAGUUGAGUUUGGUACCACCCACCCACCAAAUGACCAAUCUGUGUAUGCUCGCUCCAAGUCCUAUUGGUCCAUAUACCUGGGACUCCUAUAAGCCCUCUUCUCCACUGUCUGCCGUGUGCUAAUCUUUUCUAUUUCAACUAUUUCUACAACAUGAUAAACUCUGGAUGCCAGUAAUGACAACUCGCUACUGUAUUACCUGUGUGUUCUCUCUUAUAGACUGGUCAUAUACCUGAAUUAUCAGCAUUGUACAUUUGUUUAUUAUUGAACGUUGUGCGUUGCACUUGAUGGCCAGUGACAAACCACAAUUUGAACCGACACGCUGCAAAGGAAUUGAUAUGAGAUAUUCUUUACUUAGUGUAUUUUUAUAUCCAAUAUAUUUGGUUCAAAACAGCAGGGGAAGGUGUUUUGGUUUGAGUCCCAGCAUUGUGUGUGUUGUGUGUAUGUCUAGAGUGAGGUGAGUGUGUGUGUGCGUGUAUAUGUGUGUGCGCAUGACACAGCUCGAUAAACGUCAUAACAGGAUAUUGGGGAUUGCUGUGGAAUCUUCACCAAAGAGUAUGUCCUUGUGUUUCCCCACAAUUUUCUUUUGAGCAACAAAAUACAAAUUGGGGAAUUAUUUUUUUAACACCUGUGUUUCUCACACACAAAUUGCCGAUUUUAAAAUAUUACAAUGUUUUAGUUAUUGUACUUUCAUUUUACCAAUUUUAUUUUAUUUGUAUAAAACGAUGGGUUUGUGUUCUGUUGUAUUCCAGCUUUGUGAUGGAAUCUUACUUGUCGGGAUCUUUCAGUAUUUCUGUAGCUGUUGAUUACCAAGGUGUAAAUAUUGUGAACCUCUCUGAUGUUAUAUUGCUGUGGAAUGAUGGGGAUAGGAUUAAUACUGGUUAAAAAUGUGAUGCCUGUGCAACUAUUCUUCCUUCGCUGUCUAGUUCUUGUUUCCCCCCCCAGGAAACCACUGGGAUGUAUUUGAUUUGUUUUUGUCCUUUACUUAGAACUCUUUUUUUUUCUUUCUAUUUUUUUUUAAAGCUAGUCAGGUUCUUUCACUGCAACGGCCAGAGAUUUGCUAGUCAUUGUAGAGCAAAAGUCAAAUGUCCUUUGUUGCUGUGUCCUUGUGAUACAAAUGUAUGUUCUGAAUCAUGUACGUCCCCCUAUCCCCACCGACAGAGGGGGAAUCAUGCCACGAUGCAGGCCUCAGCCAAGAGAACUGGAUCAAGGUCACAAGCAAUAUAACCCCCAACGUCCCUUUUAAUGAGGCCCAACCAGGAACGGGAGCAAAAAUAAUGGCUCCCCCCCUCUGUUUCCCCCCCUUGUCGUAAUCUCUUUAUAAACUGACUAUCUGAAACUUUCUUUAAAGACUGCCUGCUUCUCUAUAGUAUGAUCCUUAUUUUUUUUGACUGCACUAAAGAUGUCAAUCGAUGAUGUCAUGACACAAACCGUCCCCCAAAAUGGACAGGUCGAAACUAUUUCCAAGAAACUGAACUGCAACCCUAUAGCCUAGUGGUCCCAGUGGUCUAUAGUCCCCAGUCGUUUGGUCAAGACGGUCGGCCGCCCUGACCGCGUUGUGAUUGGUGACUGUUAGUGGUCCACUCCGGUGGUCAGAGAACUCCUCCUCACCCCACGUCCGCUGUGCAAUCUCUACCCGGACCACCAUCUUGCAUGUGCUCCCACUCUGAAGCUGCACCUAAAGCAUGACGACAUACUUUUAAAUGACUCGUAUGUAGAAAAAACGGAUAAAUAGAUAUAUUAAAAUGAGCAAAAAAAAAUAAAGAAGACCAUAGUUUACUUUC